AUUUGUUAAAAAACCUAUCUUCAUUAGCAUAAAAACACACAAUAAAAACCAAAAGCGAAAACAACAAGUGCAGAACUCUAAGCAGUCAUCAGACAAAAUGGCCAAGGAAGGUCUCGGUCUCGAAAUCACGGAGCUGAGGUUGGGUCUCCCAGGUGGUGGUGCUCAUUCUGCUCAGCAUGGAAUGGACAAAAACGAGAAGAAAAGGGUUUUCUCAGAGAUUUCAGAGGAUAACGAAAACGGGAAGAUCAGCAAUGACCAGAAAAUGCAAAGCAAGAGUCAAGUCGUGGGGUGGCCACCCGUAUGUUCAUAUCGAAAAAAGAACAGUUUCAGCGAAAAAUUAGAUGGCUCUAAAGCCUCCAAAAUAUACGUCAAAGUUAGCAUGGAUGGAGCGCCUUUUCUUCGCAAAAUUGAUUUAGGCAUGCACAAAGGUUACUCUGACCUUGCUACGGCAUUGGAGAUGCUGUUUGGGGAAGCGUUAAGGGAUGCAGAAAGCUGUGAAUUCGUUCCCAUUUAUGAAGACAAAGAUGGAGACUGGAUGUUAGCAGGAGACGUUCCCUGGGAGAUGUUUAUUGAAUCAUGCAAGAGGCUGAGGAUUAUGAAAAGAGCAGAUGCCAAGGGUUUUGGAGUACUGCGAUCAAGGGAAGCUCUCAAUGGAAGUUUGAAGAACGAGUGACGAGAAGAGAUACAUGCCAGUUGAAGAAUUUGACUAAAGUUUCUUUGAUCGUAUACUUUGUUAAAUGUUAUUGAUGGUGUAUAAUUAAGCAGAUAAUUCUUGCUUUAUGUGACGUUCAUUAAGACUUUAAAGUCUACUUUUUGGAUUAUUAAUGUUAAGACUUUGUUAUAUUGUAAUCGGGAUAGGACCCCUAAUGGAUAGGAAACAUAAUUUGCUUCCUCAUCAUAAAUUUGAAGCUGUUAUUUGUUAUUUAGUGUUUAA